CUUCCUCAAAGUGAUCUUGUAAGACCGGCAGGAGGACCGCAGACCGGCUGCGUUCAUGCGGUGUUCGAAGUUUGGGGUAAAACGAAAGGUUUCCUCUGCUGCCAUGGCUGCGUAGUUGUGUGCCGUCCAUCAUGGCCAUUGGAGCACAGCUCUACCUGCUGCUGUGGAAAAACUUGACGUACCGCAGGAGAAACAAGGUCCAGCUGACUAUUGAACUCCUGUGGCCGCUCUUCCUCUUCCUCAUCCUCAUUGCCGUCCGUCAAUCACACCCGCCGUAUAAACAGAGCCAAUGUCAUUUUCCCAACAAGGCCCUUCCUUCGGCAGGCACGCUGGCAUGGGUUCAGGGCAUCAUCUGCAACGUCAACAACCCCUGUUUUCAUCACCCCACGGCAGGAGAAACGCCCGGACGAGUGAGCAACUUCGACAACUCCACACUCUCUCGACUUUUAGUCGACGUCAGAGCUGUGCUGACAAUCAGUGGGAACCGGACGGUUCUCUCGGGUCUGCAGGACCUGUCGCAGGCCAUCCAGACUCUCGGGGAAAGACCAGAUGCCUGGCCAAAUCUUCCAGUAAGAGAGUUUCUCAGAGCCAAUGAGAGCUUCUCGUCCUUCCUGCGGACAAACACCAGCAUCCCCUCAGCGUCUGUCGAUCAGUUACUGAGGGCACGACUGAACCUUCAAGUGGUUGCAUUAGCAGGCGAAGGAAUGCGUCUGUCCGACAUCGUCUGUAAUGCUUCUCUGCUGGGUCGUUACCUCACCGUUGAGAACAGAGAUUCUUUCCCCGAACUGCAGGGGGUGCUGUGUGCUGUACCUUCAGAUAUUAUGCAGAAGGCAGAGCAGAUCUUCCUCUCGCAGCUGGACUUCAGCAAGAUCCUUUCGAGAGACAGACUGCAGGCGAACGCGGCUGAUCUCCGGCUCAUCAGUCGGGCUGUUUCCUCUGUAUCUCAGGAACUAGCAUCCGUUAUGGAUGACAUCUCUUCUCUGUCCAGUUUCUCAGAGCUAAACUCAGAGAUGAGGUUACUGACAGCUGAAAACCGCUCGGCGCUGCCACGCGAGAGCUUUCGGGCCUUCUCCAGAAUCAUGUGCGGACACCCGGAGGCAGGGGGAGAGAGAAUCCCUUCGUUCAACUGGUACGAAGAUCAGGACAUCAAGUCUUUCCUGGGCAGAAAUGCAUCAGAGGAGACAGACCUUGAAAAGGACAACAGCACCACUCCCUUCUGUGAAAACCUUAUUCGAAGCCUGGAGUCGAACCCUCUCUCACGGAUCGUGUGGCGAAGCAUCAAACCGCUGUUCAUUGGAAAGCUGCUGUACACACCGGACACGCCGGUCACCCGUACGGUCAUGUCAGAGGUAAACAAAACUUUUCAGGACUUUCAGAUUCUGAAGGACAUGCACGAAGCGUGGCAGGAAGUGAGUCCAAGGAUCAAAACCUUCAUGGAGAGCAGUGUGGAAAUUCGGCUUCUGCAGGAUCUUCUAAGAAGGCCUGAGGUGGCAGUAGUUGUGAAUCUACGUCUUGAAAACACCUCUUGGACGGCCUCUCGCAUUUCCCGCUUCCUCUCAACGCCUGACCCAGAUACGCCCCGUAGGGACGGCGCUCCGCCCACCUGGCUGGAUCUCUACCAGGAUUUAAACAACACCUUCGGCACUCUCUCAGAGCUCACUACGUGCUUCUCUCUGAAUAAAAUGGAGGGUCUGGCCACGGAGGGUGAGAUGGUCGAACGAGCCCUGGAGCUGCUGGAAGAUCGUCAGUUUUGGGCUGGAAUCGUCUUCCUCCUUCCAGACCCGUCAUCAUCCUCCCUGCCUCCUCAUGUCAAGUACAAGAUCCGCAUGGACAUAGACGACGUGACCCGCACGAACAAGAUCAAAGACAAAUUUUGGGAUCCAGGCCCGGCUGCUGAACCGUUCAGUGACCUCCGCUACGUUUGGGGUGGAUUUAUUUACGUACAGGAUUUAGUUGAGAGAGCUGUGACACGUUUGCUCGCCGGUAAAGAGCCAAACACGGGCAUAUAUGUGCAACAGAUGCCUUACCCGUGCUUUGUCGACGACGUGUUCAUUCGUGUCCUGAAUCGCUCUCUGCCUCUGUUCAUGACACUGGCGUGGAUCUAUUCUGUGGCUAUGAUCAUAAAGGGAGUGGUGUACGAGAAAGAGGCUCGUCUGAAGGAGACGAUGCGUAUCAUGGGUCUGAGCUCGGGGAUGCUGUGGCUCAGCUGGUUCAUCAGCAGUUACCUGCCCUUCCUGUUCAGCGCCGGACUGCUUAUCGCCGCCCUCAAGUGGGGCGAUAUCUUACCCUACAGUGACCCGGCUGUGGUUUUCUUCUUCCUGGCUGCGUUUGCUACGGCCACCAUCAUGCUUUGCUUCCUCAUCAGCACGUUCUUCUCACGAGCGAACCUGGCAGCAGCGUGCGGAGGACUCAUUUACUUCACCCUUUACCUGCCGUAUGUGCUGUGUGUGGCCUGGAGGGAACGUCUGACCAGCACACACAGGAUCUUAGCGAGCUUCCUGUCCCCAGUGGCCUUUGGCUUUGGCUGUGAGUAUUUCUCUCAGUAUGAAGAGCAGGGUGUGGGGAUCCAGUGGUUUAACCUAAGAUCAAGCCCCAUGGAGGGAGACACCUACAACUUCACCAUCUCCAUUGUGAUGCUGUAUGUGGACGCUGUCAUCUAUGCACUGGCCACUUGGUACAUCGAAGCUGUUUUUCCAGGGCAGUAUGGGAUCCCCAGACCGUGGUAUUUUGUCUUCCAGCUGAAUUACUGGGGCGGGGUUCCAUUAGAGGUGGGGUUGCCUGUUCCUCCAGCACCUAGAGAUGAACCAGAUGAUCGGAUUGAAGCUGAACCCACAAACCUAAUUCUGGGAGUUUCCAUAAGGAACUUAGUGAAGAUUUAUAAAAAAGGGGCCAAGCUUGCCGUCAAUCACCUUAACAUAAAGUUCUACGAGGGCCAAAUAACGUCUUUUCUGGGCCACAAUGGAGCUGGCAAGACAACCACUAUGUCCAUUCUGACAGGACUGUUUCCUCCCACUGCUGGUACGAUAUACGUGAAGGGAAUGGACAUUCGCACAGAUAUGGACGUGAUCCGCAGGACUCUGGGAGUUUGUCCCCAGCACAACGUCCUCUUUGACAUCCUGACGGUGGAGGAGCAUGUGUGGUUCUACGGUCAAAUGAAGGGCAUGAGCAUGGGGGAGGUCAAGAAGGAGAUAGAUUCACUUCUGCAGGAUGUGGGCUUACAACACAAACGGCACGAGCAGACAAAAAACCUUUCAGGUGGCAUGCAAAGGAAACUGUCUGUUGCAAUCGCUUUCAUAGGCGGGUCAAAGGUCGUGGUCUUGGAUGAGCCCACCGCCGGCGUGGACCCCUACUCCCGCCGCGGGAUUUGGGACCUUCUGCUCAAAUACCGUCAAGGCCGCACCAUCAUUCUGUCCACGCAUUACAUGGAUGAGGCCGAUCUCCUCGGAGACCGCAUUGCAAUCAUUUCCCAGGGAAAGCUGUGCUGCUGUGGAACGCCGCUCUUUCUCAAGGCACGUCUUGGUACUGGAUACUACCUUACGCUGGUCAAGAGAGAGAUGCAUAGCACACCCAGCAGCACCAGCACUGGCAAUCUCCCUUCAUCUGCAGUUACCAAGGACAGCGAUUCCUCAUUAAGUGAUGACACAGGACUGGGCAGCGAAGAGAAUGGAUUCAACGUUGCUGCCCUAAUGGCUCUCGCGCAGCAGUACGUCCCUGACGCUCAGAUGGUGGAGGACGUCGGCAGAGAGGCCGUCAUCAACUUGCCCCACGCUGCCUCAGAGGACGGCAGACUCGCCCUCUUCCUGAACGAGCUGGACAAACGGCAGGGCGAGUUCGGCGUGGUCAGUUAUGGGUUGUCAGACACCACGUUAGAGGAGAUCUUUCUGCGUGUGGCAGAAGAGACAGGUGUAGAUGCGGACCCUGAGGAGCCAGCAGCAUCUCCAAGCCACCAGGGGGCGCCAUCUGAGGAUAGAGACACAGGACGAAAACAGCCAAUCAGGAGAGAGGCCCAGGAGACAGAGCCGCUGAGCGGGGACGGUCAGGGUGGCGGUGCUCCUCUAACGGGCUGCUUCCUCACGUGUCAGCAGCUUCGAGCGCUUUUCACCAAAAGACUGAAGUACGCCCUUCGCAGUCGCAGAGGCAUUUUCGCACAGAUUGUUCUUCCUGCGGUUUUUGUUCUUAUCGCUCUGCUCUUCAGUCUCAUUGUCCCACCCUUUGGGAAAUAUCCGUCCCUGGAGCUCCAGCCGUGGAUGUACGGAGAACAGUUCACUUUCUUCAGCAAUGAUGCGCCACAGAAUCCAGCCAUACAGAACCUCCUGGAUGCCCUGCUGAAUCCACCUGGGUUUGGGACCAAAUGCAUGGAGCCGAGCGGAGACACUGAGUGUUUAGAGGAAGUUGAAACGAAGUUUGUCCGACCCCAGAUUCCCUACAGCGUGUGGCAGAUCCUUCAUAAAGGCAACUGGACCGCAGAGAAGCCGUCCCCUGACUGUGAGUGCAGUACCGAGGAUAUCCGGAGGAUGCUGCCGGACUGUCCGGAGGGAGCUGGAGGAAUCCCCCCUCCUCAGAUAAAACAAAUGACAGGUGAUUUCCUGCAAAAUUUGACGGGUCGCAACAUUUCUGACUACCUCAUCAAAACAUACCCCCAGAUUCUGAAGAAAAGUUUAAAGACAAAAAAAUGGGUAAAUGAAUUUAGAUAUGGAGGUUUCUCUCUGGGAGCUAAAAGUGCUCAAGCUGUGGAAGAGCCACAGCACCUGGAGGAGUCUGUUUUGGCUAUUAGAAGACGGUACAACGUUGCAGAGAAUGGUUCGUUAGAUCAGCUCCUUCAGAGACUACCGGAUGUCCUUACAGGACUCGCCAGCCAAAAUAAUGUAAAGGUCUGGUUUAAUAAUAAAGGAUGGCAUUCCAUGGCAUCGUUUGUGAAUAUCAUGAACAAUGGUCUCCUUCGAGCCAACCUGCCACCUGGCGUGGAAAGGCGUAAAUACGGAAUGACGGCCUACAAUCACCCGCUCAACCUCACAAAGGAGCAGCUGACAGAGAUGGCGCUGAUGACCACCUCAGUCGACGUUCUGGUGUCCAUUUGUGUUAUUUUUGCCAUGUCAUUUGUUCCUGCCAGUUUUGUCCUGUUCCUUAUUGAGGAACGGGUCAGUAAAUCAAAACACCUGCAGUUUGUCAGUGGAGUGAAGCCCAUCCUGUACUGGACCACCAACUACGUAUGGGACAUGUUGAACUAUACAGUACCAGCCACGAUGGUGGUCUUCAUCUUCAUCAGCUUCCAGCAGGAGUCGUAUGUAUCCGAGAAGAAUCUGCCUGCGCUGGUGCUUCUGCUCUUGUUCUAUGGUUGGUCUAUCACUCCACUCAUGUACCCAGCCUCCUUCAUCUUCUCCGUCCCCAGCACGGCCUACGUGGUCCUCACCUCCAUCAACCUCUUUAUCGGCAUCAACGGCAGUGUUGCCACCUUUGUCCUGGAGCUCUUUAUCGAUGAGCAUCUGAAUGAGGUUAACAGGAUCCUGAAGAAGGUCUUUCUGAUCUUCCCACAUUUCUGCCUGGGUCGAGGUCUCAUCGACAUGGCCAAGAACCAGGCCAUGGCAGACGCGUUUCAGCGGCUGGGAACCAAACAGAAUCUGGAGCCUUUGUCCUGGGAUUUUGUAGGGAAGAACCUGUUUGCCAUGGCGACGGAAGGAAUCGUGUUUUUCAUCUUCACUGUUCUCCUGCAGUAUAAAUUCUUUGUUAAUUUCAGCCGAUGGUCGGGCUUUGUGCUGCCCCCUCUGGGCACGGAGGACGAGGACGUGGCGAGAGAGAGAGAGCGCGUGAAGAGCGGUAGAGCUGCGGGAGACAUUCUCAUCCUCAAAGAUCUUAGCAAGGUGUACAAGGCAGGCAGGAAGCCAGCAGUGAAUCGGCUUUGCUUGGGCAUUCCCCGGGGGAGAGGUACCUAGAGCUGCGUAUCACAGAACAUUUAUACUAGCACUUUGUUGUUGUUUUUGCGA